AUGUUCUGGCUCGACCGGGUUAGAAAUACAGCUUCAAUUACCAACUACAAGACACCUUUGAUACCCGAGCACGUGGAGCAUUGUCUUCAUCAAUCAAGAGCGAAUCCCGAACACGUUAUAUUUUUGAAAAAUAAUGUCAUACAUAGACCAAACUACGCGUUAAAGAGUUGGCUGUUAUGUUAUCUUUCGAGAACAGGAGUCAUGUCACCUGAAGGAGUCCUCAAACUACACGUAGCUAUGAAAAAUGUUGCAAAACAAGACAGAGACUUGGUUGAGAAGAUUAUAGACAAGUGUUUGUUCAAGACACCACACGAACCGGUGGAAACAGCCUGGAAAUAUCUGAGCUGCUUCCGUAAAAAUCAACCACAGUACGCCAGACAAAUUAAUCAUAUAUAA